AUGGCUCCUUCUCACGUAAGAGAAUGCACCAAUGGCUACUUUGGUCAGCCGGGGGUUAAGGGGGGCUUGUGCCAACCCUGCCAGUGUAACGGUAACCUGGACCUGGCCUCACCACGGAGCUGCGACCCCAUCACCGGCUCCUGUCUGAGGUGUAGGGAUGGCUACGGGGGAACCACCUGCGACACCUGCACCGAGGGGUGCUACGGGGACGCCAUCGAGGCCAAAAACUGCCAACCGUGCCAGUGUCACAACAAUGGCUCCGUGUCGGAUGUGUGCCACAAGCAGAAUGGGCAGUGUCAAUGCAAGCAGCAUGUGGUGGGACGGCAGUGUGACGAGUGCAUGCCCAACUGUUGGUGGGACGCGGAAGAACAGGUGUGUAAGCUGUGCUCCUGCAGCCAUGCAGGGGCCAUGUCCCAGCGCUGUGACCUGGAGGGACGUUGUAUCUGUAAGCCCGGCUUCGUGGGCCACCGCUGUGACCUGAGCAGUCAGGGUUACGAGCGCCGGGAGACGCGCAGGCCAGUAGAGAGGGUCCCACUGCAGCAGAUCCAACGCUGGGGCUUGUCCCACUCUGGGCGCUGUCCCCGGGGAGCCUACCGCCCCUCAGCGCCCCAGACCUAUGGCAUUCAGUCCUGUGGAGGCUGUGUCCCCUGCCACUGUAACUCCUUUGGGUCCAAGUCCUUUGACUGUGACGAGUCGGGCCAGUGCCGGUGCCAGCCUGGUGUCACUGGGCCCAAGUGUGACCGAUGCGCUCCAGGACACUUCAACUUCCAGGAGGGUGGCUGCACACCAUGCCAGUGCGCCCAUGUGGGAAAUAAUUGCGAUGGCAACACGGGACAGUGCAUCUGCCCUCCAAACACUGUGGGGGAGAGCUGUAACAAAUGUGCCCCCAACCACUGGGGUCAUGACAUCAUGGCAGGCUGCAAGGCCUGUGGCUGUAACCAGGUGGGUUCAAUGACCCAGCAGUGUAACCCCAACACAGGCUGCUGCAUGUGCCGGGAACAGUUUCACGGAGAGAAGUGCAGCGAGUGUAGGCUGGGCUACCGGAACUUCCCACAAUGCAUUUCCUGCAACUGCAACGUGGCUGGUUCGGACAGCCAGACCUGUGAUGCACACCAGGAUGUGUGCACAUGUGCAGACAGCACUGGACAAUGCAGCUGCAAGGCGAAUAUACAGGGUCUAAAGUGUGACCAGUGUAAGUUGGGGACGUUUGGCCUGAGCACCAGGAACCCACUGGGCUGCAGUCAGUGUUACUGCUUCGGUAUGUCCAGCACCUGCACUGAGGCACAGGGCCUCAUCCGCAUGUGGUUGUCCCUGAAGCCAGAGCAGACCAAGCUGCCCGUAGUGGACGAAGCCAACCAGCAGGAGACCACACAUGGAGUGACCUUCCAGCACCCAGAGAUCAUCGUUAACGCUGACCUGGUCACCCAGAAGCUGACCGAACCCUACUACUGGAGACUGCCUGAGCAGUUCCAGGCGUCCAUGAUCACAGCCUACGGCGGCAAGCUGAAGUACACCAUCUACUUUGAGGGGCAUGACGAGACAUGCCGCACCUCCUACGAACCACAGGUCAUCAUAAAUGGAGGGGCCAACAGAAACAAGGUGAUGGUCCACCACAUGCAGGGACUGCAGAUUGGACAACUCACCCGCCAUGAGAUCGACAUGACAGAGCACGAGUGGAAGUACGAAGACAAGAAGGCCAUGACACGCAAGGACUUCAUGGACCUGCUGUUUUAUGUUGACUACGUCCUCAUUAAGGGUUCCCAUGGGAACAUGAUGAGACACAGCAGGAUCUCUGAGAUUUCAAUGGAGGUGGCAGAGGAGGGAAGGCCGUCCGUGGAGAGUGAGCGGGCUCACCAGAUAGAGAAGUGUAACUGCCCGCUGGGCUACUCCGGCCUGUCCUGCGAGGAAUGUGGGGCCGGGUUUUACCGCCUGUCUGCCCGCAGCGGUGGCGCGGCCUCCAGAGUGGGCAUCGGAAGCUGUGUGCAGUGCCAGUGCAACGGGCACAGUGAGGCCUGUGACCCGGAGACAUCCAUCUGCCAGAACUGCCAGCACAACACAGAGGGGGACAGGUGUGAACGCUGUGCCCCAGGAUACUAUGGUGUAGUGAGGGGCAGACCCGGCGACUGCAAGUCCUGUGCCUGCCCCCUCACCAACCAUGAGAACAAUUUCAGCCCUUCCUGUGUGACAGAGGGAUUAAAUAACUACCACUGUACUGCCUGCCCUGAGGGCUAUGAGGGAAAGUACUGUGAGAGAUGUGCCACAGGUUAUCACGGCGACCCCCGUGCCCCCGGCGGGAAGUGUGAGGAGUCCUGCGAUGACGACUGUGCUGGGCUCCUCAUCAGUGAUAUGGACAGAUUACAUCGUAUCAUCACUAGUAUCAACCUCACCACCCCUCUACCACUGCCACACAAAGUCCUCUACCGGUUUGAGAACAUGACAGAGGAACUCAAGCACAUCUUCUCGCCACAGAAUUCGCUGGAGAGGCACCUGCAGCUGGCCGACAGUAACCUGCGCAGCCUGGUGACAGAGAUGGACGAUCUGCUGAGUCGGGUGACCAAAGUAUCGGCAGACGGCGAGCAAACAGACAACGAUGCUGAGAGAAUCCACGAAAGAGCCAAAGAACUGGAACUAUUCGUCAAGAACACCCUACUGGCUGCAGAAGCUCUGAAAGUCAAGGCUAAAGAGCUGAAUGAGACUCCGGGCAUCAGGAACGGAGCUCCAGAGAAGAGCCUGAAUGAGAUGCACCAGGAGAUUGAGACCAUGCUAGCCAAGCUCCGUAAACGCCAGCUGGGAGGCAAGAAACACAUCUCAGAGGAGGAGCUGGGACUGGCAGAGGCCCUGUACCAGAAGGUGAAGCGUCUCUUUGGGGACCCACACAAGGCCACGGAGGACCUGAAGGCCGAGGUGACAGAGAAGAUGGGUGACCACCGGGCCAAGCUGGACGACGCCCAGGCCCUGUUGAAGGACGCCCAGGGGAAGAGCAGGGAGGCUGGGGCCCUGUCCGGACAGAACCAGCGCAACCUCACUGCCCUGGAGAGAAAGAGGGAUGCUUUGAGCUCAGUGAAGAAAGCAACUGAAGAGGUGCUGGAAGACGGAGAGCGCAUUCUGGCUGAAGCCAACGGGCUCUCAGACAACAUCAAUAAGGAGAUUGAGGAGAUGGAGCGUGAGCUGGGUCCUCUCCAUGAGCACCUGGACUACAAGGUGAGCCGUCUGACCAAGAGCCUGAGUGACAACACCCUGACUGACCUGCUGCAGGAUGCUAAGAACCAUGCUGCCCAGCUCAAGUCCUCGGGCAUCCUGGACAGCAUCCUGGCGGAAGCCAAGAAUCUGUCCUUUAACGCCACGGCAGCGUUCAACGCAUACAGAAACAUCAAGGACUUCAUCGAGGAGGCUGACAAAGAGGCAAAGCAGGCCAGGGCACACGGGACAGAGGCCCUUCAGCUGGCCUCAGGACCCAAAGGCUCUUUGAAGGAUAACGCCAAGAACUCUGUUCAGAAGAGCGUUCAACUGUGGAACGAAGCCAAGAAAUUAGGGAGCGAUGUGAACGAGAACGGUGAGAGUGUGGGCAGUCUCCAGGCCCUGGUGAAAGCUGGUGGCUUGAAGAACAAGGGCUUGCUGAAGGAUCUCGACAAUACAUUAGGGAAGCUGAAUGCAAUCCCCAAUGAUACAGCAGCCAAACUCCAGGUUACCAAGUCCAAGGCAGGAGAUGCCAACGACACAGCCAACGACGUGCUGGCCCGACUGAGAGACAUGAACCUGAACCUGAUGGGCCUGCAGAGGAACAACAGCAAGCUGGAGGACGACGUCAACAAGGUCAACAACAUAAUCAAGGACCCUGAGAAAAACAUCCAUGUAGCGAGGGCCAAGGUGAAGGACCUGGAAGACGAGGCAGACAGACUGCUGGAGAAACUGAAGCCCAUCCAGGAGCUACAGGACAACCUGAAGAAAAAUAUCUCCCAGAUGAAAGAGUUGAUCAACCUGGCGCGCAAGCAGGCCAACUCUAUUAAAGUGUCUGUGUCCUCCGAGGGAGACUGUAUCCGCGCAUAUGGACCAAAAAUCAAGAAGGGUCGCAACAACGCCAUCAUUGUGAAUGUGAAAACCACCUCCCCUGAUAACCUACUGUUCUACCUGGGCAGUACCAAAUACAUUGACUUCCUGGCAAUUGAGAUGCGUAAGGGAAAGGUCAACUUCCUGUGGGACGUGGGCUCCGGAGUGGGUAAGGUGGAGUACCCUGACAUGACUAUAAAUGACGGCAACUGGCAUCGCAUUGAGGCCUCACGGAAUGGCAUCAAUGGCACCAUUUCUGUUCAUGCACUGGAGGGUCCCAGAGCUGGCAUCAUGCCCACCUCUAAGAGUGGCACCUCCCCUGAGGGCUAUACUAUCCUGGAUGUGGACCAGAAUGCCUACCUGUUUGUCGGUGGCAUAUUGGGCAGUGUGAAGAAAGCGGAGGCGGUCAAAACCACUACUUUCUCCGGGUGUAUGGGAGAGACAUACCUGGACAACAAACGUAUUGGCCUGUGGAACUACAGAGAGAGAGAAGGAGACUGCAAAGUAUGUGUGGUUAGCCCCCAGCCGUCAGACACAGUGGGGACAGUACAGUUUGAUGGGGAGGGCUACGCUGCAGUGAGCCGGCCCACCAGAUGGAACCCCAACGUCUCCACCGUCAUGUUCAAGUUCCGCUCCUUCUCCACCGACUCCCUGCUCAUGUACUUUGCCACCAAGGAUAUGAAGGACUUUAUGAGUGCUGAGUUGAGUGAUGGUCAUGUGAAGGUUCGUUUUGACCUGGGCUCAGGCACCGGCUCGGUCUCCAGCAUCAAGAGACACAACGACGGCAGGUGGAAGUCUUUCACUGUGGCCCGCAUGAAGAAACAAGCUACGGUGGCCAUCGUGGACAUAGACUCCAAUGAAGAGGAGAAGCUGGUGGUGUCAUCUCAAGGCUCUGCCACUGGGCUCAACCUCAAGGAGGAUGAGAGGAUCUACUUUGGUGGUUUGCCAACCAUUGGAAACUACAGGUCAGAGGUUACCAAGAAGAGGUAUGCUGGCUGUAUGAGAGACAUUGAGGUUUCCAGAACCCCCUAUAACCUGCUGAGCAGAUCCGACUACACCGGUCUGACCAAAGGCUGCUCUGUAGAGAACCUCCACACAGUGAGCUUCUCUAAGCCAGGUCACAUGGAACUGAAGUCCAUGUCCUUUGACGCUAAGACAGAGAUCAGCCUGUCCUUCGCAACCAAGAGUGACAAGGGCAUCAUCCUGUUUGGCAGUGGGGGAACGAAUGGGGCCAGCUCCCAGUUCCAACUCCCCAAGAGGAGACGCAGGCAGUCUGGGGAGCCCUUCCUGGCUGUGUUGCUGAACAAGGGGGCCCUGGAGGUGCUGGUGUUUACAGGUAGCCACAGCCCACGCAAGAUGGUCUGCAAGCCUGACCACGGCAUCCUGCACGAUGGGAGAGAACACACCCUGCGCAUUGAGAGACUGGGCGUCAGGUCAUUUGCAGUCCAGGUGGAUGAGGAGCUGAAGAGGGAGCUGACCCUUCCCAACAACCAGCCAAUGGGCAUCAAGAGACUGUUCAUCGGGGGUAUCCACGCUGACGUAGAGCUCAGCUCCCAGAGACCCAACGUCCCUUUCGAAGGCUGCAUCUGGAACCUCAUGAUCAAUACCAUCCUCACAGACUUCUCCCAGUCUGUGGCCUUUGAGAAUGCAGAGAUCGGCCAUUGUUCCAACCUGGCCCCUCCCCCUCCCCCUCUGCCCCUCCCAGAGGAGGAGCCUGAUGAGGAAGAGGAGAAGGCCAAGGGAGAAGACGUGUCCCAGCCGGUCCAACCUAAGGCUCCACCACCCACCCCGACACCCAGACAGACCCCUCCACCUCCCACUGACGCGCCCUCUGUCGUACCUCCAGAGCUCAGCCCCGCCACAGAGGAACCCGACCACACCGCUGUCACAGUCCCACCGGUUUCCUGUGCUGCCGAGGCAUCUCCAGUGGUCUUAGAGAAAGCCAAACAGUUUGGGCUCUCCAAAAACAGCCAUGUUGCAUUUGAAUUUCAUGACACAAAGGUUAAGAACAGGCUAAUCAUAGAGUUUGAGCUGCGGACCACAGCAGAGUCAGGCCUGGUGUUCUAUAUGGCAAGGAUCAACCACGCUGACUUUGCCACCAUCCAGGUGAAGGAGGGCGUGGCCCACCUCAGCUACGACCUGGGCCACGGCAACACCUCCGUCAGCGUGCCACGCAUCAUCAACGACGGACACUGGCACAAGAUCCAGGUGAUGAGAGAGAAACAGAGAGGUGUACUGGUGAUAGACAACCGCUACUCCAAGCACACCACCAGCCCCAAGAAGGCUGACAUCCUGGAUGUGGUUGGUAUGCUGUACAUAGGUGGCCUACCUGUCAACUACACCACCAAGAGGAUCGGACCAGUCUUGUAUAGUAUCAAUGGCUGCAUCAGGAAAUGUAAGAUGCUGGGUAAUGUGUUGGACAUGGACACGCCCACCUCCAGCCACCAAGUGGGCAGCUGUUUCAUCAGCACUGAGAAGGGAACCUACUUCGAUGGCACUGGAUAUGUUAAAGCAGUGGGUUCCUACAGGGUGGGUCUGGACGUGUCUCUGGAGCUGGAGUUCCGUACGUCCCAGAGCAACGGGGUUCUGCUAGCGGUCAGCAGCCAGGUGGACACCAAGAUGGAGGGCCUGGGCAUCGAACUGCACGGCAGAAAGCUGCUGUUCCACGUGGACAACGGGGUGGGCCGGAUCACAGCCGAGUACCAGCCUGAAGCAGAGGCAGGCCUCUGUGACGGUCAGUGGCACUCAGUCACUGCCCACAAGCUCCGCCAUAGGCUGGAGAUCAUUGUAGACGGCAGGAAGGAGGAAGCAGAGAGCCCCAACGCCAGGUCCAACACCGCUGACACCAACGACCCCAUCUACGUUGGUGGAUACCCAGAGGGGCUCAAGCAGUUUGGCCUGACUACCAGCACUUCAUUCAAGGGCUGCAUGCGCAACCUGAAGAUAACCAAGGCAUCCAAAGUGUUGGAGGUUCAAUUCAACAAGGGCCUGGAGUUCAAGGGAGUUCAACCCCUCACCUGCCCAGCCAAUGCAGCCUAAACACAGACUACCAAAACCUGUCACUGCUAGAGGCACAGCAGCAGCACCAAAACACAUGGAAACAAAACCGCUGGAUCAGCGGGCCAACCAGCUUUAUACACAGGGUUUGGAUAGCUUUUUAGAGUGUGAAGUAUACAAUACAAUACAAGUGAGUGGAACCUUUAGGAAGACAUAGUAUAAAAUCAUGGUUCAUUUAACCUCUCAAGGAUCACACCCUUCUUUUCAAUUUCCCGCCUAAAAUGACAUAUCCAAAUCUAACUGCCUGUAGCUCAGGACCUGAAGUAAGGAUAUGCAUAUUCUUGAUAC